AUUGAAAAUUGAGAUCCGUCGAUCAAAAACGGUUAAGGUGUCGAAAUAAUGAAGUUCUUAAAAUUAUCGGUGAUUUUUGUGCUUUUAUUUGCGGCUGUAAGCGCUACCAAUGCUGCUGAUUGCAGAAAUUGCGAAAAGCCGCACAGAGACAAAGUUAGCUACACUGUCAGAACGGUAUGGUCAAACUACAGAAGAAAAGACCAAUGUCAGCAUUCGUGCGUUCAAAACUGGGAAGAGGAGGUUCAGAAAUAUUAUGACGGAUGUGAAGAUGCUACAUCGGGAUAUGAAGGUGAGGCGAACGAACGAGCUGCCGUAGUAAUGGCUUCAUUCCGGGAAUUCCUCUCGAUAUUGAUGAAAUACGCUAAUUCCAACUCAACGAUAUUAAGCUCCAGCGGAACGUCCAUGAUAAAAUCGAUGGGGAAGUGCAAUAAGCUGGGCAAGUCUUCGAUGGUGAUUCUCACUGAAUUCGAAAAAGUUUUCCCGUCGGUCUCAAAUGAUAUGAAUAAAGUGGCAUUGAAGUUAAGCGAUCACAUUGGCCAUCUUGCAGAAUCCUUUACGGAUGCUGUUCAGGAGCUCAGUGGCGUAUUUUCAAAAUAUAUGCGAGAUCUUCUGUUCAGUUGCAGAUUGACUGAAUGUAAAAAGGAAGUUAGCUACGAACCGACGCUACGAAAAUUGCAAAAACUUAUGAAUCUGAUGGCGCUUAUUUCGGAGACGCUAUUUAAGGAAUCCGACGCUAAAAUCGAAGUACAAGAGUCGGUGCUCGUGAUGGUGUUGAUUACUUGGUGGUUCCAGAUCGUAGUGCAAGGGAAACUUACGACGACCAUGGAUCUACUGCUGAAAAAUAAUCGUGCGAUAUCACAAAACUUCACGUCGCUGUCGUUGUCAUUUGAUUAUGUGCUGGUUACGAUUACCCAAGCCAUUUCUGGCGUCGUGGUGCCACUUGUCAACAGUUUCAAAGAAUUUCUAAGCAUUUUUGUCAACACAAUUUUGGCUUUGAAUACGGCGAUAAAGGACAUCUUCGGUGUAUUGAACGGAUUGACCGUAACUGUUGGAGAAAUAGCACGGAACCUAUUCAAGGGUCUCGAGGGCACAUCGGUUUCAUCAGGACGAACUAAUAUUGUAAAGGGAGUGAGGGGUUCCAAUUAACUUUGCUGUAACAUUUGUCUUCCUAUACACUACCAACGGCAAUAUAGAAACUUUUUACCUUGUCUGUUUUGUACGAUUGCUUUUUAGGCACUUCGGGUUACAACUCGCGAGACUCUCUAAAAUCAAUCAUACACAACAGACACGGAAUCCAAGAUUCUUAAAGAACUGGUCAAGACAGUUUUGAAUUGAUCACGAAGACGGUGGCAUAAAAAUUGCUUUAUGGUUUGUGAAAGCGUACAUGACGAUUUCAACUUAACAAAACAAAAUUGUUCAAUUUUCACACAAUAUGUAGUGAGUUAAUAAAUUUGAUUCCACCCGCCUUCAUGGGUGUCUUACCCUGUUCUUUCAGAACCUUGACGGAAACCACUGUUAUAAUAUAAGGAAUGCGAAGAGGAAAUCGUUCUGUGUUCAAAUAAGGUAAAUGUUGCAUUUCGCGUCAUAGACACGAAAUGCAAUUCUCUCCCAGUGGCGCACAGGGCUUUUGAUGUGAAAACAGUGCGCAUAAUGAUUUUGCUUUUUCGUACUGUGCUAGAGCGCACCUAA